AUGAGCUACAAUAUCAAUGAUUUAAAGUAUGUCGAUGUUGGACAGUUAUGCCAGUGGAUCAGACAAGGGAAUAAGACCAAUUUGGGUGAGAAACUUGUAGUUGUAGAUGUCAGAGGUCAUGAUCACAUUGGAGGUCACAUUAAAGGUAGUGUUAACAUAGCGUCUAGCAAGUUUGUCAAUGAGAUGGCCAAUUUAAAACAACGUAUGGAGAAUGAUGAGAUAAAAAUAGUUGUCUUUCAUUGUGCACAGUCGCAACAGAGAGGACCAUCCGCUGCAUUGAAAUUUCUUAGGUAUUCAGAUGGUGAGUUCGACGUACGUAUCUUAAGAGGAGGGUUCAUCGAGUGGCAACAACGGUACGGUUUAGAUACUGGGUUGACUUCGGGUUAUAUAAAGGAUCUGUGGAUGUAA